UGAAAACAAAAUGGCCGCUGCUGCUGAAAAAAUUUUGCCGUCGAGUGACGAAUGUGUCUAUACUGCCUGUUAUUGUGAGGAGAAUAUCUACAAGUUAUGUGAGUGGAUUCGGGACAACACUUCUCGCAUUCAGGAGUUUUAUGUGGUGUUUAUCUCCAACUCUGCCCAACAGGUGCCCCUAUGGAUGCAGAAAGCAGGAAGACAGUAUGGCCCUGGUAAACCUGUAGUUUGGGACUACCAUGUAAUCCUUCUGCACCAGAGAGAAGGUCAGCAGACUGAUGUGUACGAUCUAGACUCCAUGUUGCCGUUUCCUUGCAACUUCUCCCGGUACUGCACCGCUACCUUUCACAGUGAUGAAGAACUCAGGCCCCAGUUCCACAGGAAGUUCCGUGUGGUCCCAGCCACAGACUACCUGAUGGUCUUUGCCUCCGACCGGUCUCACAUGAGGGUCGCAGACGGAUGGAUGUCACCUCCACCGGAGUACCCCUGUAUCAGGAACGAUAUGAGUACGAUGAAUCUGCCGAUGUUUAUUGACAUGACUCCCAGCACAUUUGUGGGGGAAGUUCUCAACCUCAAGACCUUCAGACUUCGCUUCCGGACUCCGACUGUCGAAGAACAAGCCCUGGCCCCUGAUCCUAGUUAAUAUGUAUGGUUUACCCAUAUUAAUGCA